AUGGCCAAACCAUCCGUGGACGGCCUCGACAAAUCCUCCCUCGAUAUGGUGGAGGACAAUCAAGUUGACAGGCUCAGUAAGUUGCCGGAUGACGUUUUGCUCAACAUUGUGGAGCGACUUGAUAUCGCUGAUGCUGCACAAACCACCAUCCUCUCCAGACGUUGGAAGCAGAUCCCUGCUUUACUCUCAAAGAUUGUUAUAAAGGUUGCUUCUUUUCAACCCAAGCAUGAAGGUAGGAAGUUAACCUCAGAUGAUAUAGUUCGGGCCAAUACCAACGUGCUGCAAGCAACCAGGAGCAUACUGGAAAAGAGGGCUGCAAGUCCACACACCAUUCACCUGUUGCGCAUGCAAUUCUACUUGGGAGAUGAGUCCAUUUUCAUUGGUCAGACUGUUGCCAACACCAUAGCAACACACAAGGUUGCUUCAGUUGAGUUUACAAUCUUGACGAAGGUGCGCACAAAUUUUACCAAUAAUGACCUGCUCACUCAUGGGAGGCAGUUCAUGUCAUUCCUUGGUUCGUGUCCAAACACAUUUGGUGGUCUUGCACGCCUCACGCUAGAGAAUUUGAGGUUAGGAGAAUCAGACUUUCCCAAAAUUUUCAGUAUAUGCAAGCAACUCGAGGUCCUCUGCCUCUACCACUGUGAUAUGGGCAUUGAGUCUUUGCUGGAAGUGGAACACUCACAACUCAGUGAACUGGUGAUUGGCCGUAGCGUGCUUAUUAAGAGGGUUGAUCUGAAGUGGGUACCAAAACUCACAGUACUGAAAUUUAAUAUGUUUCGAUCUCAAGAUGACCCCUUCUGUCUUGGCUAUGUCCCACUUCUCCAGACUGUGAGCAUCAUUAAUACUGGUUUUUCUUGGCACAAGAUGCUCAAGAUAAGUGAGUUGCUGGGUGAAACCGCCAUAAGCAACCUGCAUUUGAACUUCAAAAGUGAAAAGAUUUGGGUCAAGCCGGAAGGUCGAAGACAAUUGUUACCAGUGUUACACAAGCUAAGGCUUGUGAAUCUGAUUAACAUUUCUGAAGAAUGCGAUCUGACUUGGAUAAUGUUCAUACUUCAAGGUGCACCCACCCUUAAGGAACUACGCAUCUUGGUGCGGGACCAUUUAUGUGAAAUGGUAACUGGGGAGCAGAGAAAAAAGUAUGCCUUUAGCGAGGAGAAGGACAAGGGACUAGAGUGGGAACCAUCUGCAUCUGAUUUCAAGCACCACAACCUUGCCGAGCUCAGAAUCUAUGGGAGGUUUGAAGCAGAAGAAAAAAUCGUGCGCUUUGCCAGGAAUGUCAUGGAAGCAGCGGUGAAUCUCGAGGACAUAAAACUUUAUAAGAGUCCAGUGUGUGAGAAUUGCAAGCACAUGCUCCAGGACUGGACGUUGAAGGAGAAGUCGUUGCUUAGCUACAAACUCAGAAAGGGGAUGCUGUCUUCGCUCGUCCGGAUUCAGUUCCCAAGUUUAGGGGAAAUUUUUACUUGGCCCAAUUACUGGUCAUGA